UAUUAAACCGACUCCAGGUCAGCACUGGCAGAAAGCAGGAACCGUGUAGAGAGCCAGGAAGUCAAACUUCCAACUACUGCCGUCAACAUUUGUAAACGGUAACACGGGGAGUUGCAAACAUACACAUCCAUACGUUUUGUUUGUUUUUUUAUACGGAGCAGUUAGCCAGCUAGCCUGCAGCGAUGGACAAGCUUCGUCGUGUGCUGAGCGGCCGAGACGAGAACGAGGAGCAGGGUCUGACUGCACAGGUCCUUGAUGCCAGCACUCUCAGCUACAGCACCAGGGUGAAAUGGUUCGUCAUAUGCUUUGCUUCAGGCAUCCUGUGCUCAAUACUUGGCACAGCACUGCUGUUCCUUCCUAAUGGCAUCAAGCUUUUUGCUGUCUUCUACACACUAGGAAACAUCGCAGCUCUUGCCAGUACCUGCUUCCUAAUGGGACCACUCAAACAGCUGAAGCGCAUGUUUGAGAAAACAAGACUGAUAGCCACCAUUGUCAUGCUGCUCUGCCUUGUCUUAACACUUUGCGCAGCAUUUUGGUGGAAUAAAAAGUUAUUGGCGAUCAUCUUCUGUAUUUUGCAGUUUUUGGCAAUGACAUGGUAUAGCAUCUCUUACAUUCCAUUUGCCAGGGAUGCUGUGAUGAAAUGCUUCACGACCUGUCUGAGUUAGAACUCAGGAAUUCACAAUUUUCUAAGAAGACUGGUCCUAAUAUGCAAACUGCUAGAACAGUGACUUUGUAAAAUAUACAUUUGUAUUGUUUAUACACUAUAUCUCCACUUCUUACUCUGACUCUUUCAUACUGAUUUUUUUUUUUGCCUUUUAAAUCUAGCUUAAGGUCAGUAACUAUAAUAGGAUUAUAACACUUCUCAUUCAUUUGCUUUUGUGAGAAUAAUGAGUGCCUUUAUUGCUUAAUAUAUUUAAAGAUAUUCAUAUAUUUACUAUGGAUUUUAUACCGUUUAAGUGCAGGGAAAUGAUUUUGACUUUUCUAUAGAAAGUAAUUUACAACAAAAUGCCUGAACAUAACUGUACAUAGGUGGAGAGCUAUUGAUAUAUAGAUCAAACACAUACGUUUACGACUUAAGCAGUACAUGAUUUAAUUUUCUUCCAGAUGUUUUUAAAGGUUUUCUGGCUUCUUGCACACAAACAUUAUUAAAACAUUGCCUCUCUGCUUUCUGUCUGUGUAUGAGGCACUAAUAUAUAAAUAGGCUCUCAGAUGCUAUUCCAUGUUCAAAUGUGAUUGUUUUCCCUUUGGCAGUUGACUCACUGCUUCACUGAUGAUGCACUGGGAUGUGUGAUACCCACAGCUCUUUGAGGUGUUUGCAGCUAAAGAGAUUAAAAAAAAGCAACUCCUG